AUGGAGACCAAAACCCUACAACCCAAAACUUUACAAAAAAGAAAUAGAAAAGUUUUAAGUUGUGAUAGAUGUAGAGGUAGAAAAAUAAAAUGUGAUAGACAACAACCUUGUGAAACUUGUAUUAAAUUAAAACAUGAAUGUUUAUAUACUGAAUCUAUGAAAAGUCUUAAAAUAUCUAAAAUAAAACCACAACAAGUUAAAAAGAAGAUAAAAUUGGAUAAUAAUAUACCUACAACAAAUACUUCAACAAACAUAUCUAACAAUAUACCCACAAAUAUACCCAACAUAUCAUCAGAAAGUCAACAACUAGAGGAGAUUCUCAAAAUCAAAAAGAAAAUAGCAGAUUUAGAAUCAAAACUAGAAGAAAAAUCAUCAAAACUUUCAAAAAUCCCACCAGGUGAAAUAAAUUUUCAAUACUGUUUUCAAGAAUGGAAACCACUAAUAAUGUCACACCGACCAUUUCCUUACUUGCUGUUAAUGAGAAGAGAUAUUGGUGCUAAAUUGUUAUGGAAUCAUAUUGCACUGUCUAUUAAAGGUAAUACUAAUGUUUUUGAUAUUUCUGCUAUAUUAAAUGAUUUGAAACCUGAAAAAAUUGAGGAGUUGAAAACACAAUCUAGGAUUAUUUUUGGUGCGUCCCAUAUACCUGAAAUUGAAGAAGAUAUUGAUAUUAAUGAAAUAAAAACUAUAAUUGGUAUAAAUGAAAAAAGUUUGCAUUUUGCUUCUCCUGGUAUUGAUUUUAAUGAUCCAAUAUCUUCAUAUUUUAAUUUAAUUCCACCAGCUUGGGUUAACAAGAAAUUAUUGAAUAUUUUCUUUAAAGACAUAUAUCCAUUAAUGCCAAUUAUUGAUGAAUCAGAAUUUAGAUCAUCAUUAAAUAGAAUUUUGGGACCAGAAAUAAGUGAUGAUUACAUGAAUACUUUCCCCAAUGUUGAUUCAUCAAAUGAUUUAGCAAUAUUAGCCAUGCACUUAAUUAUACUUAGGUUAACAUACUUAUCAUUAUUAGAUAUGAAUGGUCAAAGUGAAUCUAAAUUAGUUAAAUAUCCUGUCUCAUACGAUGCUUUCAGAGCAGCGGAAACAAUAAUGAAAGAAUUUGACUUUACUAGAAAGCAAAGUUUUACUGCAUUACAAGCAGGGAUAAUGAUUCGAAUAUAUUUAAUACUAUCGCCAGAGAAUACCAACACAGGAAGUGUAAUACAAAUCACAAUGGGUGCAAUAGUUCAGUUGUGUUAUUCCAUUGGUUUAAAUAGAGAUCCCAUUUGUUUUAAUCAUCAAUUACCCAAAAUUCAAAAUCUUCGACGAAAGAUAUGGCAUUUUAUUGUUAGAUUUGAUAUUUUAAAUUCUUUAAUUUUUAAUACUACUUUAUCAACGAAUUUACAAACUUAUGAUUGUUCAAUACCUACAUUAGAUUCUGAUUCUGCAAAUUGUUCUGAUUCAAAAGUUGAACAGCAGAUUAUUACGAGUUUUCAAAAAUAUCAAAAUUUAUUCAAAUUGUGUAGGAGAUUAUCAGAGUAUCAAUUAACAGUUGACCAAAAUGUUAAAAUUGAUGAUUUGACUAAAUUAUUAGAUGAUUUAGAGUUGGAAUUGAAAGAAACAGUGGGAGAUAUAAAUGUCAAAACUCAACAAUAUGAAUUAACUCCAGUAUCAUUACUUGAUAUAAAAAUUUUCAUUCACGUCAAGUGUAAUUUAGUUUACACUUAUUUUACAUUAUAUGUAUAUUUUGAAGAAUUAAAAGAUAUAGAAGCACAAUCAAAUUAUUUCAUGAAAGCAAUGACUAUCCUAACAGAAGAUUUAUCAUUUUUGAAUACUUAUGUUUUCCAAAAACAUGCACCAAAUUCAGUUCCAUUAUUCAUUAUGCCAUUGACUCAAAUAUAUCUUCACCUCAACAAUUUGAUUUUUACAUUUAUUAGAUUACGGGUGAACUGUAAUAUUCGAGUCAUGACAGAUAUGAGUGAUGUAUAUACAUUACACAGAAUUAACGAAUUAUUAAGAGAAUAUGGUCAUGCACAAGCAUUAAUUUUGGGUGACAUUUCAUCUAGAUUUAAAUAUUCAAUUAUGUUACGUCGUAUGCAUAUGCUAGGUAUGAAAUUAAAUGAAAAUCUACCACAAAUAUUGAGUUCGAAUAAUAAUGAAUAUAUCAAAAAAGCAUGUUUACUUAUACCAAUAGAUGUUUUAAAGAAAUUUGAAAAAUUGUUAGCUAAUAAUUUACCACCUAAAAACCGAGAUUUGUUUGAUUUAAGUGAUGGUGAAUUAAUUAUGGAAAUGAGAAGAGAAAAUAUGUGGAACCAACUCAAAAAAAUUCAAACUGAAGAAAUGGUAACUAGUUCAUGGAUAGAUAAAACCAAAAGAUUCAACAGAUUAGCAGAAGAUUUAGAAUUAAAUCCAAAUUCAAAUUUGAAUUUCUUAAAUUUUGAACCAAAUUUUUUUAAUUAA